GGCGGUACAUGUAUUCCGUUACUCCCCAACACUGACAGUAACGAAGUAUUUGUCCCUGCUGUCUUUUUGUCAGAGGCACAACUGACACUCGUCUCCACCCACUCCACCCUGACUUGAUGCCAGCAAAAUCAUGUAUCUUCACUACCUUUCCUUGGAGCUUAACUGUUAUUAUAGAGCUUUUGCUUUGCCUUUCUGCCCCCGCAUUGGAGCAUUUUCACCACACGGCAUAUGAUCCGUGUGUUGACCCUGCAGCUAAAAAAAGAAAAAGAAGAAGAAGUUUGAUAUUGCAAAGUCAUGAUCUUUCCGGUUUUAGUUUCUAUUGUUCAAACAGAAGCAAUGCCCAGACUGAGGGGGGCAGCAGUGCGUCCUCGAUGUGUGUCUAUUCUGUCGGAACCACAGCGAGGAAGAAAUGCGUCAGAGCACUUUUCGACUGUGGAAAUGGCGCUCUGCGUCGUUGGAGCCUGAAGUCAGAGGAUCCUUUCGUGCUUGUUUGUCAGGUGAAUCUCCUAGAGGGCUAUCGGUAGGAGAGGUACUUUAAAAAGCAACGGAUUAUGACAGAGGAAGAAAGGAAUCGAGAUAAUUAUAAAGGAAAACGAACCAAUUGUGGCUCUGAUAUAGCCAUCAACAUUCUCGCACAGUGAACAAUGCAUGACCUGACUGCACAAGUCACCAGCAGCUUGCUGCCUUUCUCAGGAGUGACUGUAGACGCUCUGGGGGAAGAUGAGAUUACGCUAGAUUCUGUUCUUCAUGGGAGGUUUACCGUUGGUCGCAGCGGGUUGGCCUGGCUGGCCUGUGGACCCCAUUUGGAGGUGGUCCAUGCAGUGACAGGAGAACGGCUGUCUGCAUACUGCUUCAGUGGCGGAGGGGAGCACCCACCCAAUGUCCUUGCCGCCAGAGACUUCAGCUGGCUGAAACGGUCUGGUUUGCUGGUUGGCUUGGAGGAAACAGAAGGCAGCGUGCUGUGUCUUUAUGACUUGGGACUGUCAAGAGUGGUGAAGGCUGUUGUCAUACCAGGCAGAAUCACAGCUAUUGAGCCAUUAGUGAAUUAUGGCGGAGCAAGCACGUCAACACAACACCUUCACCAGGGUUUGCGCUGGUUCUUUGGAAUUGCGGCCGUAGUAACGGAUCUCGGUCACGUACUCCUUGUGGACCUCUGUCUCGAUGAUCUUUCCUGCAACCAGAGUGAACUUGAUGCUUCAGACCUGCAGGUAGUGACUAAAUCUCCUGCAGAAAUCCCCAAGCUAAGAGAAGUCAGCACAAGAGAGGGCAGACAUCUUUGUCUCCAGCUGAAUGGACCCAGUGGAGUUGGAGCCACAGCUCUGCAGUACAUCUCUAGGACCAACCACCUGGCAGUAGGAUUUUCAGAUGGAUACUUACAGCUGUGGAACAUGAAGACUUUAAAGAAAGAAUACCACUCACAGUUAGAGGGUGGCAGGGUGCCUGUAUAUGCCUUCACUUUCCAGGAGCCAGAGAACGACCCCAGGAACUGCUGCUACCUCUGGGCGAUCCAGUCUUCGCAGGAUCUUGAGGGAGAUGUGGUCACCCUGCGCUUGCUUCAGUUGGCCUUCAGUGAAAGAAAGUGUUUAACUUCUGGAAAGAUCCUCUAUGAGGGUCUCGAGUAUUGUGAGGAACGUUACAGUCAGGAUUUAAGUGGCACGGCUUUCCCUCUCCGGGCACAGGCCACAAACACCCGCCUCCUGAGCUGCCAGACUAUUGAGAAAUUCAGACCUCAUCCUGACAGGGACGACAGCAUGAAUGAAGUUGCAUCUCCAGACACCAGUGUGUCCAUCUUUACCUGGCAAGUCAAGGCCUACGGCCAAGGAAGUCUGUCUACCUACAUCGGGGUUUUUGACAUCAACCGCUGGUACCACGCACAAAUGCCAGACUCUUUAAGAACGGGAGAGUCUCUGCAGAUGUGUCCAUACCUUGCUGCUUGGUCUCUGGAUCCAGUGGUGCAGAUGGUAUCUCCACAUGUCUUCCUAGAUGUGGUGGUACAUGAGCGCAGCCUGAGCAGGGGCCUUCCCUUCACUUGCCCUCCACCAGAACAGUACUUUAACCCCACCACUUAUAACUUUGAUGCUACUUGUUUGCUCAACUCUGGAAUUGUGCACUUAACAUGCUCUGGGUAUCAGAAAGAGACCCUGGGUUUUUUGAAGAAAGCUGCUCCUUGUUCCAGUGACACCAUCUCCACUAGCUACUCUCACUGCCUUAUGUCCGGCCUACUUUCAUCCCGUCUGGCUGACACCCAGCCAUCCAGCCUGUCUCAGGAAGAGCAGCUUGAUGCCAUCUUGUCUACAGCGGUGGAGACUAGUUCCUUGGGACUGAUAACUGGUUGCAUUAAGCAGUGGACUGCAGAAGAACAACCAGGCUCUGCAUUGAAUCUGCGCUACAUCCUGGAUUGGGCCUGGAACAAAGUAGUUCAGACCAAGGAGGAACUGGAUGGCAUCUGUUCACCGCUGUUUGACAGCUCAUCUAACUUCACAGACCCUCAGACCAUGCAGCUGCUGCAGCACACUCAAAGACUGCUGAGUAACCUCAGUGCCAUUUUCCACUGUCUGCUCAGUGAAGCUCAGGAGCUCACACAAAAAGGUCUGGUGGGUUUAAUGAACAAGAAUAUGGUGUCCAGUCUCAUCUCCAAGUAUGCUCAGGUGGUCCUUUGGUUCUGUCGUACUGGCUUGCUCCCUGAGGGUUCAGAUGAUGAUGCUCUUCAGAUUUCCAGGCCUUUCUAUACUCACUCGGUCAUCAGCAACUAUUACACCAUACGCAGGGAGGAGCUGACCAGGCUGGCCAAGGGCAAGUGGUGCGCAGACUGCCUGAUGAUCGACGGUUUAGUUGGCCAGUGUGGCGAACGCUUGACGAACCUGUGGAAAAGGGAUGAAGGUGGAACGGGGCAAUACCCACCACCUACACUGCAUGCCUUGCUUGACAUAUAUCUGCUGGACAACAUUGACGAGGCUGCAAAACAUGCGAUUGUGAUUUACCUCUUGUUAGAUGUCAUGUACUCCUUCCCCAAUAAGGACGGCGCAUCAGUGGAGUCUUUCCCCACAGCUUUUGCUAUCCCUAUUGGACUCAUUAAACUAGUACAAGGCCUAUGGCUCCUGGACCAUCAUGACCAUCAGAGUUCGUUUGAGCUUCUUUUGCACCCAGCCGCUUCUCAGUUUCACUUUGAGUGGCAGCAUGAGCGCGUUCUGCAAGCGUUGAUGUGCCAGGGCCAACAGUCAGUGGCUCUACGAUACUUCCAUGUCACAAAACCUGCGGUUUCCAACACUUCACAGGCCAAGCUUUGCCUGUCUGUGCUGUUGCACAACAGGUGUCUCAUAGAAGCAUGGUACCUCCUCCGGCAGCACUCUAAUCGCCUCAACAUGACUGAGCUGCUCGGUUUCCUGUAUGAAAGCUGCCAGGAGUUGGGCCUCAUCAAGGAGCUGCUCAAGCUGCCCCUGGGCCUCAAUGAACAGGAAUGUUUGGAGAAGUUUCUCCAGGGGACAGGUGGUCUCCAGAACAGAGAACUACUGAUGGUUCACUACCUUCAGCAAGCAAACUACAUCCCUGCUCUGCAGCUCAACCACACCCUGAGAAUGAACUUAGUGAACGAACGAGACCCAAAGCUUAAAGAACGAUCCAACACCAGGAACACCAUCCUGGAUCUGUAUGGCAAAGUUUUGCCGAGAGUUCAGAGGAAACUGGCAAUGGAGAGAGCUAAGCCCUACCAACAUCCCAACACCAUCCACAGAGAAGUGUCCCGGCCACAGCCACUGUCAACCAUCACCAAACACACUGCUAAAGAGAAGGUAGUGUCCAGGGCUGGUUUUAUCAACAAUGUCCUGAGCAAGAUUGAAGAAGUGUGGUUAGGCAAAGGAGCUACACCACAGUGCUCUCCUGCUAACAGCCCCAGGGCAGCUGAGGUUCCUAGCUGUAGCCCUAAGCCAUCCUCCAUUGGCCUUCCUGAACCAUUCCUUGGAACUCCAAUCACCAUGACCUCCAAACGAAAGUCAAGGCUGAUCGAUUUGGUGGUUCAUCCUUCCUGUCAAACACCUCGGCCUCUUCUCAGCCCUCCCAGACCUCCCAGUGCCUGGGUUUCACCCAAGAGUGUUAGCAAAGCACCUGAACUCUGUUUGCUGCAAACACCUCAGGUUGUCAAGCGGGCCCGGGCCUUGGCUGCUUCUGGCCCAGUCUUCUCAGCCUUCACUCCCCAGUCCAUCCUGCGCAGCAGCCUGAGGCCCACACCCGUUGCCACGCCUUCUGCUUCACCAGGUCGCUCUAUUACACCUCCUAUCCGCAGCAAAGAGAACCGUAUCACCUUUAUUGAAGAGUCAGAAUCCCCAGAAGUUGAGAAGGGCAUCCGAUGGACUAAUGGGAUGGCAGCAGACAGUGAGAUUAGUCGGCUGACCAGAAGCUCGGCACUGUCCAAGGCCACACGUAAGACCUGGUCAUUACAGCCUGCUGAAGAGGAAGAAGAUGGAGAUGAGGAAGGGGAACAACCACGUGUAAAGUUCUUGCCUCCAGAAGGUGGAAUUUCCUCUCCACAGCUGAAACGCUCCGAGAGCGAGUUAUCCUCCGCCCUUGAAGGCGCUGCAGAACAAAAACAAUCGGAUGCAACACAAACACAUCUUAGUUUUAACCUUGACACCAGCACAACAUCUGUUCGGUCAACAGACACCACUCUAGAGUAUUUUGAUGCUCCUCUUUCAAUAAACAAUGAGGAAAAGGAUGGACAUGUCAGUACAGAGAAAGACGAUGAUGAUGUAGUGACGGUGAAUGUUAAAUUCUUGGCUGAAAAAGAACCCGCGGCAACAGCCGAGGUAAUGGCCUCACCAGCAACUGAGCAAACCCUUCCUCUGACGUCAGAGGAUUCAGAAAAGGAAGAAGAUGAGGUAAGGGAAGAAAAUACACCAGAGGAUGUGAUGGAAGUUGAUCUUGACCAGGAGGCUAAAACUGAGGAAGAAAUUCAGUCUAAUAAAGAAGAUGAUCUGGACGUUGAGUCAAGCACCAAGCAAGAUGCUGCCAUUGUUGACCAAAAUGAGACAUCUAUUCAUCUUCAAGAUCGUGACCAGGGAACUGACAGCGCAGACUCUAGCACUGACGCUGAAUCUCAAGAUCUCCCAGUUAGAGACGAGGGCCGGGAUGUCCAAUCAGAGAGCACAGAGUUCAGCGAGCAUGCUGAACCUCCUGGAGUAACUGAAACGACAAGUGAAGAGGCAGAUCUGGAACAAUCAACAGAUCUGACAGAGUUUGUUCAGAGGCAUCUGUUUGGUAGCGAUCUGUCUCCUCCACUCACCCGCUCAGCAAUCCACAAUACAUCACAGAACCAGCCUUCCUUCAACAGUGAGCCUUUAGGUAACGAUGAAGAGGAGACGCAGGCUGAUGCUGAAGCUCCCCCGAUGUUUACCACCCAAAAGUCUGCUGCUUCUGUAACCUCCUCAGAGCCAACUGGCACCGAUUCCCACUCUGUUGUGAGCGUCAACGACAGCGAAGACCUUUCUAGCUCUGGGUCUGAAGACGAGGAGGAUGAAGAUGAGGAGGAAGUGUCAGACCAAGAAGAUGAGGAGGAGGAAGAGGAAGAAGAAGAUUCUGGUAGUGAGGUGGAGAUCAUUGAGGAGGUCCCGGGUACUGACAAGCUGCCAUCCCUCCAACCCAGUCCAUCCUUUGUACAGCAGAGCCACACACACUUCUUGCAAACGCAAGCGGAGCAGGAGGCUGCUGUGUUGUCUCUGAUCACCCCAAAUGCAGAGAUGAAGGUAACAAAUAUGGUAGAUGAGGACAUAGAGGGUGAAGUGGUUAUGGUGAGACUUGGGGCAGAUGAUGGAAUGAUGGAUCCAGAUGAAGCAGUAGAGCAAGGAUCGUCAUACAUGGAGCUCAAACCUUCUACCACCCUUUUGGUACCUGUGGAGCUCAUGGAGGGACAGCACGGCCUGGUUGAUGAAGCUCAGAUGGAUCUUCCUGAGCUUCGUCCAACUGUUGUGGCAGAUGAAAGUCACGGCAGUUUCUCCUUGAUGUUGGAUGUGGAUGAGGAUGGAGAUAAAGGGACAGGCAUACUACCUAUGGAGAAUAAUUUGCAAUCGUGUGACCCUUCGAUUCAGUAUCAGGUUAUGGAUGCUAAUGAAAUUCUGGCCAAACCUGAGGUUAUUCUUUUGAGCACAGAGGACCAGGAUACCACCCAGUGUGAAGAAGCCUCACGAGAAGAGAUUGAAACGGUUGAUGGGAACUAUAUAGAUGGCACAGAAAUUGUUCAACUCCAAGCUGACUUUCAAACUGAAUCUACUGAAGCAAACCAAGAGUCAGAUGAUGCUAAAAAGCCGAAGGCUGCAGAGUUGGUAAUGUUGACUGAAGACCAUGAGUCUGCUGCUGUUUCAGUCUCUGUCCCAGCUACAUUGGAAGAAUGUCUUGCAGCCGUGGAAUCUCUGGCACAGGUAGAAGCUGCUGAUGUAGCAGUGGAAGCAAAGGACAAACACCAUCCUGCUGAGGAGCGGGAAGAGCCUGAGGAGAAUGGCACUAGUGCAGAAACGGAGCCUAUCACGGAAGAAGAGGAGCUGCAGGACCGCAAAUCAUCAAUGGAGGCAGAUGAGGAAAAAGAUGAAGAAAUUAAAACGGAGAAGGAAACGCAGCAGAUAGGUGAGGGAAGCACGAGAACAGAUGAAAGUGUUGAAGAGAAACCUGUAAAGCAGGCUUUGAGCUUAAACAGUGAGCUGGAGGAAGAGCCUGUACAAGAGCCUACUACCUCUCAGAGGAAGAAGACUCCUUCCACUCCAACACGGAGGAUGACGAGGGGGAGGAUGGUAACUUUUAUCUCUCCUCUGUCAGAGGAAGCAAAUGAGCCAGAGGACACAAAAACAAGCACUCUGGUCCCUGCGUCACCGAGUCGUACACCUAGGAAAGGUAAACAGGCUAAAGAAACCAAAGUCCCAGCCAGCACACCUCGAAGAAGUACCCGCAAAACACAGCCAGAGCUUCCAAAAGAAGAGGAUGAAGAGGUUGAGGUCAUGGAUAACAAUACUUCAGUUGCGUCAACCUCCAAGGCAUCGUCUCCAUCCAGACGUUCGCAGAGGGUGGCUGCAACAAGGACCAGUCAAAGGACUCAAAGUGGCAGUGAGGUGUCUACAGCCACAGAUGAUGAAGUCAAACACAAGGAGGAAGUUAACGUAAUAAAACCAAGUCGACGAACAAGCUCAAAGAUUCUAACCCCAUCCAAACACGCAGCAUCUCAGGUAAAGACUCCGAGGAGGUCCAGCCGAAGGAUUACGAGUAGCACUGAAGUGGUGGCGACGCCGCUUGAGAUCGUGAAAGAAGAACACGAACAGGAUGAGGUGUUUGCCUCUCCUGUAAGACGGAGCUCCAGAAGGACAAAGACGGAAGCAUCAGAGACUUUGUCCACUGUGCUGGAGAAAGUAGAAGACAAAGAAGAGCAGCUUCCUAGCCCUGGCCGGACAACUCGACACUCAAGCCAGAUUAGCCUAACUGUAUAUCCACAGGUGAAACUGGUUCCUGUGUCGCUUUCUAAGAGUCCAGAAAAGACACAAGGAGAGACGACUGCUGAAAACGCAACAGAGACAGGAGAUUUACACGAGCCCGAACCGCCCAGAAGUGCGAGUCGAACCAACUCCCGUCGCCCCACUAGAAGCAAACUUUGGGACCACCCAGAGGAAGAUCUUCCCCUUUUGGACUCACCGUUGGAGGUGGACUCUAAGACUCCUGUUGCUGAUGCCCUUAUCAAGAGACUUAAAGAUGAGGAAAAGAAGCAGGAAGAUGAUGCCAUGGUUAAGAAGGCGCUGAGAACAAGCAAGAGGAGUAAAAAGUCAUCAGUGGAGCAGGUUCACUCCCCGGGGAAAGACUGGCUGGUCCCACAACCUGAGGAUGAUGAAUCCAGUCCAGGCGAGAAUUCAUUCAUCUAUUCCCCCUCGCGAAGACGAACAAGAGCCCGAAGAGCAGAUUCCUCUGAACAACGUGAGGCGCCCGUCACUCGCAGCAGAGUCAAAGUGCAGGAUGAAAUGUCUUCAGAACAUAAUGUAGAAGUCGAGAGAGACGCAGGCGCUACUAAAAGCAGCAAAACAAACAAGCGAACUGCCAAAUCCAAAGCUGUCGCAACGCCGCUUCCCUUUGCAGAAGUCGAACUGAUCUCGCCUCUGCCCAGUCCAGUCGAUUCGAUGCCACGAGCACCGAGGAGGGUUAAAGAGGGAGAGGAACCGACCACCAGCAGGAACCUUCGACGUAAACGUGUCUUGGACACAGUUUUUACAAAACCUGUCACGCGGAGGAAGAAACUAUAGGAAGGUUUGCGGCGGUUUUUAACCAGUGAACCUCAGACGGCCGCAUGGACAUUUCAACCACCUCAGCUGUGAGCUGUCAAAUAAAAAUGUAUGCCCGAACUCGAGACAGUCGCAUUUCCUCAAAAGCCUCACAGCGCUGCAGAUUCAAGAUUGACUUCCCUGUUGGGAGGAAAUCAAAAAAGCAAUGCAGGCAGAAAAAUCUAUUUUUGGGACAAGGCACGCUGGUGGUUAGCAGCGUGUGAGAGACUAUAUUUUUGGAGUUUACAUGUACUUCUUUAACUUGAUUUCAUUCGCUUUUACGUCUGUGGCCAUUUUGUGCUCGAUGUUCUGCUGCAGCCCUCGGCCUGAUUCUCUCCACGCAGAAUGACUCAAGGGAAAGCAAUCAUUGUGGAUUUUUAAAGGCUCCCAUUAAUACAACCAGAGACUGAAACGAACUUGCCUCUGAUUUAAAGAGGUUUUAUUUACAUUCUUUUAAAAUUUGUUGUUGUUUUACUUUUAAAAGUUCAAGGCCUGCUGUUUUUUCUAUUUAAGAAGAAAAGCAACCAACCCAGUGGAGAUACAUCUCUACUGCUAAAUUUGUAUAUAGUCUUUUGGUUUUUUUGCUAUGUUCCAAAUAAAGUUAAUAAAUAAAUAAUAAACAGUUAUGUUGAUUCUGAAUUUUUAAGUGUCUCUUGAAUGCAUUUGGUCAUCUAAUCAUACUGCCUAUGCCCUAGUCUUAAAUUAAACUUGAUUUAAGAGAUAUUCUGUGAAAGACAGCACUGUUAGCACGUUUGGACUGUAAAAUGUUAUGGGGGUGUUGUAUAUUGUCUAAAACACAAAACAAACUUGCACAACAGUUUGCUUAUGUAAAACUUGAUUUGGGACAUGUUAAUAGGUUUGAUUAAAUUCAUCGUAAUCAACAUCUGACACAUAGGCUAUUUUCUGAUGAAUGUACGUAGAAUGUCUUAUUUUUGAUGACUGCUCUUUGAUAAAUAUGGCAAAGCUUGAA